AUGCCUGUGCGGUCCACUGAUACUAGAAGGGCCCAUGAGCAGCUAUGGAUCCCACAAUGCUGCCGAUUGACCAGGCCAAACUCAGCACCCGCCCUUUCGCAAGCCAAGACCCACUCUGCUGAAAGCCAAGGCAGUCUGACAACCAAAACGGCUCAAAAACUGACAUGGAAAAGUCCUGCGAGCACUUCUGCUACAACCGCAACCCUUGACAAGACUCGACUUCCAACUGGGCAUCCUCGCUGCAAUUCACAUCCCCGCUGCAAUUCCUUGCGGCGUACUGCUGCGCCCGACAGGACCAUGCUUCCUGCGAGGUCGAACCUGCAGCCACCUUUGAGAAGAAGUCAGUCAGAGGCACACUUCGAUAAAACGUGGCGUGAAUACGGAACCUAUGCUCACCUAGCCAACAGCACGUCAAGACCAGCGGGAAAAGUGCGCGUUGAACAGAUACGUCAGAUGAUGAAGGAGAAGUACAACAGACAAGGCAGCUCCAACUUGUAUCAUGCCUACCGGAAAAUGGCUCAUUACUCUGGUGCAUCAGAUCCGCAUUCCAAUUGUGUCUACCCUCAUCAUUUUGCCAAUUUCCUAGGCGACCUUGGUGUGUCGGUCACAGCAAAAGAGGCAUGUCAGUUGCUGUCCCGGGAACCCAGCACGGCCAACUUGGCAAAGCCAUUUGGUCCUGCGACACUCUACGCGAUGGUAUGA